AUGUUGAGGAGGGGUCAACGGAUCUGCAGUACUUGUAAUCGAUGGUACAGUGCUAUUAGUGGUGGUACUAGAAUUUCUACAAAUGACAGACUAAGUGAGCUUGUUUCUCUAAUUAGAGGCCAUGCCCCCGGGAAACCUCUCGGGAACUCUGGUGAGAAAGAAAUUAUGGAUUUUGUGGACUCUUUGGGGCCCGAUUAUACCUCUAUCAAAAUACUAAAGACUGCAUUGAAAAAUUCUAGUAUGUAUAAUGGACUUACAUUGAGGAAUAAAGGAAUCUUUGAAAAAUCAAGGGAUCGGAGUUUGGCUUGGUUGAUGCUUUACAAGAAUGUUGAUAAGAUUGAGUACAAUUUUUUCAAAUCACAACUCUUCAAGACUAUUGCAAAUGGCGAUUUGUCAACACACGAUAAGUUCAAAAGACUCUACGAGAUUAUACGAUGUCAGGCUCAGGUGUUCCCCUGUUCUCGAGACUCCGCAUCACUUUUUAUCCCGGAACCCAUUCACAAGUGGUUUUACGAUUAUUUACCCCCAGAUGAGUUGGUGAGCCACUAUUUGUUUCUAAUCAGCUGUGAUGUAAAUCUUAGUUCAUCUGAGUCGAUUAAUCAGCUUACUUUCAAAAUGAUGCAAAGUUCAGAAAUAGAACGUUCUACAGCAACAUUUGAAAUAUUUUUGAACGAUCCCGCAAAGCGUCGAACGUUUGAAGAUAAGUUUGUGAAACUGCAUAAUUUUGAGACCAUGAUCUUAAUUGUCAACGCUGUUGUACGAAGGGACCAUUGGAAACACUUGGAAGUUUACCUUUCCGCACUAGUAGAAAAAAUAAAGAUGAAUAGAGAUUUUAACGUCAAUGUAAACAGUGGGAAGUUGAGGUACUUUUUCGUAAGGUUUUUGAAUGAAUUACUUUUUAUUGUUUUGAAAAAGGGAGAUACACCUCUAGUCGCAGCAACAUUCGCGGCGGUUGUGGAAAGUAUCAAGAAGGAGACUGGAGUGAGUACUAUAUCACUAUUGAAUAAACCGAUUCUGCAACUUCUAAACAGAUUACGCCGAGAAGAUGCCCAGGAUGAAAUAUUCUCUCUCGUGUCCGUAUUAAACAGUUUGCCGUACCAGAAAAAGUCUUAUAACUUGAACAAAAGAUUAAUAACGGAACUGGCGACAUCAUUAAGAUCAUUCAACGACCCGAAACUUACGUGCCAGUUCAUGUGCUCAUCUAUCCAAGAUCCAGAUAUUGCACAGCUUUUCAAUUCUUUGGGGCUUUGGGGUUGGAUAUGGCACAACGAUGGAAUCUUGUUAGAUUCUAAUCAACUCUCUUUUGAAGUUUCGAAUUUGAAACCGUUGCUUUCACAACAGUUUAAGAUAAAGACCAAUGAACUCCAGCCUUAUUUGAAUGAAAUGUACUAUAUUCUACUAAAAACAUAUUCCACCAUUCUACCGCAAAGUACGUACAAGGAGUUCAUCCUUGAUCUCUAUUCAAAAUAUGUGGCAGUACUAACAAAGCGCUACAAAACGUACCAUUUCUAUAUGCAUGAUACAGGGGUGCUACUGUUGUUGCUCAAAAGCACGAUAUAUGGACUUAAAGAUUGGAAACUAGCAUACAGUAUGCUUAUGGACUUUUACUCUCAUGAUUUUGUCGACAAAAUAAGAAAUACUUCGAGGGAGUGCCCGUUUUCUCUUGUGAUUUACAGUAGUUCUCAAGUGGUCCUUUCUGAAAUUGUUCCCCUUCUAAGCAUAAUGGAAAGGAGGCAAAUGCCCUUGACCUUUAAAAUUUGUACCAAAAUGGUGUUGGAAUUUUUAAGAGAGAAAAGAGUAAAGGAGGCCGAGUAUUGGUAUCAAAAAAUAAUACAUGGACAAUUCGACGUUAGGCAUAAACCCCUGAUAGAAGCGAUAAAAAGUAAUGGCUGGGAAUUCCCCCCAAAUUUUGACAAAACUUUAUUGACACAAUUAGACGAUGAUCAUGAACUUAUUGGAGGAACUUUAGAAAACAGUGACCCGGUGGAAAAGAGUUUAUUCUUACAAGAUGGCGAGAGUAACGAUGAGAGCUAUCAAACCAUUUUUGAACUUCUCGCGUCAUUUGAAAAACCUCUGGACAUUAAUGUUCAAGAGCAGGGAUAA